AUGAAAAUGCAAACUAGAAUGCAUGCAAUGAUAUUUAUGCUGAUGUUACUGCGCCUUGCGAGCGGAGCCACAGAAAUAUGCCCAAGUGUUACGAGAAUAGGCGAGCAAUCCAUGGAGAUGUCGCAUAGGCUGUACUCGGAAGACUCUGACGAGUCCACUGGAGAAUAUGCCCCCGCCAAGCUCACUUGGCCAGGGGAAUUCGAAGAGAUGUCUUUCAACUCUGAAGAACAGUUAUACAGCUUUUACAUGAGCAGCCCGGAUGUGUGUCAGAGCGAAAAAGCACCCAACAAAAGAAACGGCCAGGAGAUGCAAAGCGAUGUUAAUCUUUCUGAAAACACUAGAGAAUCGCUUGAAGCUUCCAGCACCCCCCUGCCCGUACAGAGCCAGAAGUACGAUAAAGCAACAAUCCACACCAGCAGAAACAUUGUCUUUAUUCUGUUCUUCACGGGUACAUACACGCUCAUUCUGAUCGGCCUGCUGUUUAUGAACAACCAGCGCUUCUACAACUACAACAUACAAAUGCACAAGUACAUUGAGUCUGAGUCUUCGCUACAGAAGACUGGGGCCUUUCUGAAGUAUCUGAUUUUCCUUCCUGUUUUUGGAUGGAGAAUGCUCAAAGAGCUCUUGUAUGGCUCGGAGAAACCAACCAGCACGGUAGUGUCUUUCUGCGUUCUUCCGUUGCUUGUUCUGAUGCUGUUUACUUCAGAGUUCAUAUACAAAAUGGACUGUGCAUCUAUGCCCACCCUUUUGCAGAUACUUAUGCUUGUGCUGCACAUCAUUUCAGUGGCAUACUUGGCCAUACUUGGAGACGGCACGUUCAAGUACAUAAGCAGAGGCCCGGCUUUUAAUAAUAUUUCGGUUCUGGCCACUGCGUCUGCCAUUGUUAUCCUGCACUCUGUGCAUACCCUGCUCAUCAUGACACUCCCCGAGUCGUAUGCAUUUUGCGCACAGUACAUAUACUGCACGGCAAUAGCCGCCUUCUUCUUUGGCGGAGUCAUUGGAAUGGGCGUGCUCGUGAAAAUACACAAAUGGAUUUCCAGAAAGCACGUUUCCUCGGACUCGGAGCGCGAGUUUUCUGGAAAAACCCCUAAGUAUACGGGGUGGCCCAGAACUACCCUCUACAUCUCCAUGAGUCUAGGAGUGCUUUCCAGCGCAGGGUUUAUUUUCGUGGCCUGGUUUGGCUCCAUGUACAUGCAAAGCAUUAACAUCGCUGUGUUUAUGUGGAUUUUUGCCAAAGCCCGCGAGAUCUUCGCGUAUGUUAACGGAGAAAAAAUCAUUUCUGUCGUGAGCCAAAGAAUAAGUGCUUUACUAAGCACAAAGCAGGCUCUUUUGCUAUAA